AUGGCAGCUACACAACCUUCGCACACGCCUACAACCACGUCCAACAAUGCCAUUGACCAGCCGCCGUCCUCUGCAACGGCUGCCGUUCUCGUGGCCUCCACGCCCGUACCAGACGAUGUGCGAAAAGUGCGCGGCGUCGAUUUCAACAGUUAUCAGGACCGCGAUAUCACCGUGCCGGAACUCGUGGCGAACAUGUCGACCAUGGGAUUCCAGGCCAGCGCUAUUGCCGACGCGGUGCGCAUCAUUAACGACAUGCGCGCCUUUCGCGACCCGGAGACGGGCGAGCGCACGACCAUUUUCCUGGGGUACACGAGUAAUUUGAUAUCGUCGGGUUUGCGGGAGACACUACGAUUUUUGGUCCAGCACAAACACAUCUCGGCGAUUGUCUCGACGGCAGGCGGCGUGGAGGAGGAUUUGAUCAAGUGUCUUGGGCCGACGUAUAUGGGGGCUUUUAGUACACCAGGCGCCGGACUCCGGGCACAAGGGUUGAAUCGAAUUGGGAAUUUGAUUGUUCCGAAUAGCAACUACUGCGCUUUCGAGGACUGGGUGAUCCCCAUCUUGGACAGGAUGGUCGAGGAGCAGGAAGCAUCCAAGGCUUCGGCCGCCAAGUCGGGAGAUCCGGAUGACGAGCUGCAUUGGACGCCGUCGAAGAUUAUUCACAGACUUGGGAAGGAGAUUAAUAAUGAGGACUCGGUAUGCUAUUGGGCGUGGAAGAAUGAUAUCCCCAUCUUUUGUCCUGCGUUGACGGAUGGGUCGCUGGGCGAUAUGCUUUACUUCCAUACGUACAAGUCGUCGCCGAGCCGACUACGAGUGGACAUUUUGGAUGAUUUGAGACAGCUGAAUACAAUGUCGGUGCGCGCCAAAAGGGCCGGGAUGAUUAUCCUCGGCGGCGGGCUGGUCAAGCACCAUAUUGCGAACGCGUGCUUGAUGCGAAACGGCGCCGAGAGCGCGGUCUAUAUCAAUACAGCCCAGGAAUUCGAUGGGAGUGAUGCCGGAGCACGACCCGACGAGGCCGUCAGUUGGGGGAAGAUCAAGACUGGCGCUGAUAGUGUCAAAGUGUAUGCCGAAGCCACCGUCGCUUUCCCGUUGAUCGUUGCCAGCACCUUUGCGAGGGCGAGUCGCGAUGGCGUUGCCGCGUCGAAGCAGGAAGAGGCACAGAAUUGA